AUUUCACACACAUACCAGCAGGUGGCAGCACAUGCAGUGGAUGAUUUCAAGAGGUAGGUUAAAACUUAUUCAUAGUGUAGACCACAUGCCCAUUUGACAUAAAGUGCCUAAUGAACACCUCUGUUCCCAUUCACAAUCAUGUACACCUCUCCCAUUCAUGAUUGCAUAACGUCCCUGUGACAAAUGCCAUUGUUACUUACAUGGCAAAGGAACAUUGGAAAAGUGCUGCAUGUAUUUUUAGCUCUUCCUCGUUCAGUAAGUAGUGUUUGUCAUUCCCUGAAAAAUAUUAAUCGUGUUCUAUAUUGCUCUUCAUCUCCUCUCUCCAGUAUGUCUAUGGGACCAGUCUGCUGUCUCUGAACCACCAGCAUCUGAUCCUAAACCUCUUGUGGACUGAGGUUUUGGGAAUGUCUGAUCAGAAGUUUGGUAACUCUCACAUGAUGCAAAUAGUUAAAAUCUCUUGCAUACAUGUACCUUUUAACAUCCAAGACGUGGCUAGCAAAUGGCCUUUGCCUUAGAUGACCUGUUUUCUUUUUAAUCAAGCUCAGUAUUCAUGCCUUGGCAAUUGAGAUCCUUUCCUAAAGCUGCUCCACUACUCCAGCCUUCACAUUUUAUCACAUCUUUUCCUGUAGCCUCCAUGACCAUUGACAAGCAAAACAUGAUUUUAUAUUUUCCUUUCCCCCAACUAAUCUGAGAGAGGGAACAAUCCAGAUUAAAGUCACAAGUGAAACCCUGCAAUGACCUAGAAUAGUAUUAGGAUUUAUUCAGCCCACACAAAUAAAUGUAGGGAUCCAACACUAGCAGGAUGCUAAUAUGCCACGCAGGCAGAAAACACUCGGGCCAAGCACAAUCUGAACCCUGGCAAUGGAGACUGUUGCUAUCUGAAAUUGGGCAGGCAAAACCCAUAAAUAAAGGUAGGCCAGAGCCUGUUUAAAACAGUGAAUAAAGAUCGUACUGCAUAUGACAGAAGACUGGGGAAGUUGACCGCCUGCAGUGUAGAACUGCUAGUCAUUAGGUGAGGAGAGAGAAGAUUUUCAAAGGCACAAAUAAGUUUCAGGUGUUCAGCUAAAGCCUGUAGAAAAGCUAAAUCUCUAACAUAAUUUGUGCUGGCUUUUGAAAUUUUUUCCCAUUUGGAAGAUUCUGUUUUACAUGAGGAUGAUCAUAUUCCCCCACCCCAAAACACAACCACAGUAGAGAUGAAGAUGUUCUGUUAAAGCUCAUGCCUAAUUCUUAAUCUCAGGCAGUAUUCCAGUUUUCUACUGGGCCUAUGACAAAGAUAAAAGCAGCCUAGAGGUGAGGGCAGUUUCUUUAUUCCAAGGCUUUAUCCUACAAGAAGUCUUGAUUAGCACAAUAUAGCAGAAAGCUGGGCAGAGGCCUUUUUUUUUGCUGACCUCCAAUAAAUUCCCUCUGGCUGCCUGAGCCAUGUCAGGUUAGCGGGAUGUGAAAUAGAGUAUUACUACCUUAAAUCCUUAACUGAUUGAUUAUGGAUGGACUGCUGGAGUUGCUUUAGUCCUAGUCCACACCCCAGUGAGACAUGCAGGACAAUGAUCUCCCAGAGAAGCAUCACGUGAUUCUAAUGCACAGAGAAGAUAAGUUAGUGCUGGACUAGGAGCAUUUGUUUCUGCACUGGUAUGGAAUCCCUCAGGCACCAGUCACCUUCCAGGUUUAGAUGAGCAGGUGAAGAAUUCAUCUUAAAACCAGGACAUGUUCCAGGACAACCUGGAAUUAAGCUUUUUCAGGACAACCAGACACUUGCUAAUGAUUGGUUUUUAAUCAAUCAAUGAAGACAAGGUAGUAACAGGCUGAGAUAUACAAGGGAAAAGAAAAAAAACCUAAGAAUAGGUGAGGGGAGAGAGGCACAAUUAGAAAAGACCAUUUUGUGGAGUUAGCAAAUAUUUGAAAUAGAUGAAAAAUAGCAAAAUGAGUCUGGAGGCAAUACAGACACUGAAAAAGACCAAGACACUAAGCUUAAAUAGGAGGAAAAGUGACGGCUAGCAAGCAGGAAAGGAGAAAAGGCAGGCAUAGUAAGUUUUUGUGCAGAUGUGUUUGCUUUAAACAGUAUUUAAGUGUGACUUAAUGGUAGUUCAGCUGUUAGCAGCAACAUCAAACAUGCUGUUCCCUGGUGUUAGGAAAUUGACAGUCUUUGUUUGUUGAAGGUUCCCCCUAGUCUUUGAAAAGAGCAGAGGUAACCUGCCUUUCUCUGGUGCUUCAUCUGAAUGCUGUUUUCUGUGGUUGCUUUUUAUGGCUCCAUUUACUGAUUGCUGCUUUAAAAAUGGAUCUGAAAUGUAGUUGUCCCUCAUUUACAUGUGGAGGUUAUGGGCAGUGAGGCAAGUGUUAGCCCUCUUAUCUGAAUGCUGUAGGCAAGAGAACACCUGCAAGUCACUUCUGAUCAUGUAAAAGUUGUUUGUGUGUUUCCUUUGUACAAGAAGUCAUGAUAUGAUAGGACAUGGCUUGAUUUACAAGAAUGGAAACAAAGCAUGCACAGCAAUCUAUGUUUUAUUAUGUUGUCAGUUAAAUGGUUGAACUACUGUUUAUAUUUAUAUGUCAGGGUUCAUGCCAGAGGAAUCCUUUAGGGCCAAAUUGCAACCCAGUAACAGGUGAUUUCUUGGGAGGCUGGUCUGACAAUCAGUGUGUGCUAAUUGUUUGAAUGAAUUUACUAAGUUGGAGCCUUUUCCUUGCCUAUCAUGUCCUGUUCUACUGUAUGCACCUUUAGCAGCAUAGUUCAGCUUUGCAUUCUCGCCAGUUGUGACAGGAGUGUUUGAAGCAGCCUUUCCCCAGAGUGGGUCUGACUUUGUGCCCAUGAGCAUGAAGCAGGUAGUAUUGGCGUAUCAGCACAGCACAGGGCAAGGAGAAGCAGCCUAGACAACCAGUUCUUUAAAAAAACAAACAAACAAAAAAAUAACAAAAAAACCCAAAAACCUGUAGGGCUAGUGCUAGCUAUGCACAAGCUGUUGGGAGUUCCUGAUCUAUACCUAGAGAAUAAUAGAAAGGGAGGGAUGCACUAAAGCCUUGCAAAACAUCAUGCCAAAGCCCUCCCACAGGCGUCCUGUGAUGCUCUGUUGAAAAAGGAUGGGGAUAGCUUGUUUGUUUUGUUUUUUGGGUAGCCUUUGGUUUUGUCUAAUCAGUGUUCCACUGCACAUGUCUGCAGCUAUAUCCCCCACUGCAUCCAGCCACCUGGGCUGUCCAUCUUCCUUCUAUAUUCCCUAUCUCUUAUAUACUAUCUCCACCUUGUAUCUCUGCCCCCUCAAAUCCAGCCCUUUUCACCCCUCCCUGCAUUCCCCCUUCCCUCCUCCCUUGUACCCCUCCCUGCAUUCCUCCUUCUCCCCUUGCACCCCUUUUUGCCCCUUGGAAUUUCCUGGUCCUUGCACCCUCCCUGCAUUGUUAGGCUCCAAAGCCUGUCACCUGGCCUCAGGGGCCUUGUCCCCGCCUCUUUGGCCUUCCUGCUCGCUGAUUGGUUUGUUCCGUUGGAAGCAGCCAGUGGGCGGCUGGACGGACGGUUGAAGCUGCGAUGGGGGAGCCUGACACAAUAGAGGGCGGGCCUUUGGGAAUUCAUGACCAAUCAGACGUAAGAAACGGAGGACGGGGUGGGCAUUUUUGGCUAAGUUUAUUGGAGAAGAAUAGGUGGGGCGGAACCCUGAAAAUUCUAGCCAAUCGUAACUUCCGAAGGGGAGAGGGGGCGGAGCCGUUAGAGCAGUUGUCCUUUUGGCCGCGCAAAGGGGGGGUGUGCUUCCUUAGAAUUGGCCAAUUAGAAGGUAGCUAAGGGAUGGGGCCGGGACCUAAGGCUACUGGGCCAAUCAAAGAAAAGAGGCGGGCCUAUAAUGAGGAGGCGGGAAUAUGGACAAAAAGACCAAUCAUAGGCGAGGAUAAUAGAAAGAGGCAGGCCUUUACAUGAGCUGACCAAUGAGAGGCCGGAACUUGUCUGGGUAUCCAGUGAGCGCCGCGCUGGCAGAGGCCAGUGGGUUGGGUUGCGGGGGGGUUGGUUGCCCGGGGUCUGUCAGAGCGGAGCAGGAGGGAGGGGGAUAAACAUUCGGGCUGUGGAGACCGGCUGUUGCAGCUGCUGCUCCGUGAGGCUCCGCGGCAGGGCGAGCGCAGGGCCCCGGCAGUGGUGUAAGAUGGCGGCGGCGACCCGGGUCUGUGUGAACAUCCAGAUGCUGCUGGAGGCGGCCGAGUACCUAGAGCGGAGAGAGCGAGAAGCCGAACAUGGCUAUGCCUCUAUGUUACCCUACAAUAACAAGGACAGAGAUGCCUUAAAACGGAGAAGCAAGUCCAAGAAAAACAGCAGUAGUAGCAGGUCAACACACAAUGAAAUGGAAAAGAACAGACGUGCUCAUCUGCGGUUGUGUCUGGAGAAGCUGAAAGGGCUGGUACCACUUGGGCCUGAAUCCAACAGACAUACUACACUGAGUUUACUAACAAAAGCUAAAUUGCACAUAAAGAAGCUUGAAGACUAUGAUAGAAAAGCAAUACACCAAAUAGAUCAAUUGCAGCGAGAACAACGGCAUCUGGAAAGGCAACUGGAGAAGCUGGGCAUAGAAAGAAUAAGAAUGGACAGUAUAGGAUCUACUGUUUCUUCAGAGCGUUCAGAUUCUGACAGAGAAGAAAUUGAUGUGGAUGUCGAAAGCACAGACUAUUUAAUGGGAGACCUAGACUGGAGCAGCAGCAGUCCUAGUGAUUCAGAUGAAAGAGGAAGCAUGCAGAGCAUCUGUAGUGAUGAGGGCUAUUCCAGCUCUGGCAUUAAGAGAUUAAAGCUGCAGAACAAUCACAAGCCUUGUCUCAGUCUAUAAGAAGUAACUCAGUAGCUGUUCCAUCCAUUGCCGUUUCCCUGUUGGAUCUUAUUAGGUAGUAUAUUGGACCGUCCCACAAUUCUCUUGCACGUAAAUUUAAUGUACCACCAACAUUAGCAAAAUCAGCUUUGCCUAAGUCCUGAAACAGUGCAUAGGGUUGUGGGUUAUAAGCUACUCUCUGGAGCACAUGUCUGAUUGCAUCCACUAGCUUCUCUUUCUGUCAGUAAACUCAUCUCUGUGAGACUGUACAUUCCAACCAAAUUUUGAAGUACCCAAGAGUAUUUUAGCAGUAAUAGAGAGCUAACCCCCCCCAUCUUCUUUUUUUUUUUUUUUUUUUUUUGCCUUGAUGUUAUUGUCUAGUAUUCUAGUCCUACCUUCUCUUUGUUUAGCAACAUAAUGUAUCUAAUAUCCAGAACUAGUGGCUAAAUAUAACUUUAUUUGAUCAACAAUCUGAAAGGGGAACCCAACUUCCUCAUAGUACAGAUCUGGAAAUGGGUGGACUAAACUUUCAAAAGUAGAGGGUGGAGCAUUUUAUCUGUCCUGUCUCUGAUACCUGUGAGAAUUGUGUAGCAAAAUCUGAAACUUGUUUUGGAAACUUACUUCUAUUUAUUAUGGGUAUUGCAUUUUUAGUAGUGUAGCUGUAUUACCACCUGACCCAGUCCUCUUGACCUAACUCAUUCAAAGUUCCCAUUGACUUAAAGUUCAAAGGGCUGUAUAUUUGCAGCCUUUACUUUCAAGGGUAACCCCAUUGAACUCUAUCUCAGAUUAGCAGCCAGCAAAUGACA